UGAGCAACCCUAAUUAACCUGAUUUUUUGCUGAUAAUCACUCUCAAUGGAAUCAAAUCAAAAAUCCGGGGAUGGAUUGAGCGGCACCCAGAAGGAAGCAGCCCUUCGCGCACUCAUCCAGCGCACAGGAUAUAGCUUGGUCCAGGAAAAUGGACAAAGGAAAUAUGGCGGCCCUCCACCUGGUUGGGAUGCUGCACCCCCAGAAAGGGGCUGUGAAAUUUUUAUUGGAAAACUUCCCCGAGAUCUUUUUGAGGAUGAACUUAUACCAUUAUGUGAAAAGAUUGGUAAAAUUUAUGAAAUGAGAAUGAUGAUGGAUUUUAAUGGCAACAAUAGAGGAUAUACUUUUGUAACAUUCUCAAAUAAGCAGGAAGCCAAGAAUGCAAUCAAGCAACUUAAUAAUUAUGAAAUUAGAAAUGGGCGUCUCUUAGGGGUUUGUGCCAGCGUGGACAACUGCCGAUUGUUUGUUGGGGGAAUCCCAAAAACCAAAAAAAGAGAAGAAAUCCUUUCAGAGAUGAAAAAGGUCACUGAAGGAGUUGUGGAUGUCAUUGUCUACCCAAGUGCUGCUGAUAAAACCAAAAACCGGGGCUUCGCUUUUGUGGAGUAUGAAAGUCACCGAGCAGCUGCCAUGGCCCGUAGGAAACUGCUGUCAGGAAGAAUUCAGUUAUGGGGACAUCCUAUUGCAGUAGAUUGGGCAGAGCCAGAAGUAGAAGUUGAUGAAGAUACAAUGUCGUCAGUGAAAAUCCUAUACGUCAGAAACCUUAUGCUGUCUACAUCUGAAGAGACGAUUGAGAAAGAAUUCAACAAUAUUAAACCAGGUGCUGUGGAGAGGGUGAAGAAAAUCCGAGAUUAUGCUUUUGUGCAUUUCAGUCACCGAGAAGAUGCCGUCAAGGCUAUGAAAGCAUUGAAUGGGAAGAUGCUGGAUGGUUCCCCCAUCGAAGUGACUUUAGCCAAACCAGUGGACAAGGACAGUUAUGUCAGGUACACCCGAGGCACUGGUGGAAGGAGCUCCGUAUUGCAAGGAGAAUACACCUACUCUGUGGGUCAUGUUUAUGAUCCCACCACAACAUACCUUGGAGCUCCUGUCUUCUAUGCUCCUCAAGCCUAUGCAACAGUACCCAGCCUUCACUUCCCAGCAUCCAAAGGAUACCUAAGCAAUAGGGCCAUUAUUCGGGCCCCUUCUGUUAGAGAAAUUUACAUGAAUGUACCUGUAGGGGCUGCGGGAGUGAGAGGACUGGGCGGCCGUGGCUAUUUGGCUUACACAGGCUUGGGUCGUGGAUACCAUGUCAAAGGAGACAAGAGAGAAGACAAACUCUAUGAUCUUUUGCCUGGAAUGGAGCUCACACCAAUGAAUCCUGUCACUCUAAAACCUCAAGGAAUUAAACUUGCUCCCCAGAUAUUAGAAGAAAUUUGUCAGAAAAAUAACUGGGGACAGCCUAUGUACCAGCUGCACACUGCCAUUGGACAAGACCAAAGACAACUAUUCUUAUACAAAAUCUCCAUUCCUGCUCUGGCCAGCCAAAAUCCUGCAAUCCACCCUUUCACACCUCCAAAGUUAAGUGCCUAUGUGGAUGAAGCAAAGACAUACGCAGCUGAGUACGCCCUGCAGACCCUUGGUAUCCCCACUGAUGGAGCUGAAACUCCUGCGGCAGCGGCUGCAACUGCUGCUUCAGCCACUACUUUUCCAGGGUAUGCCGUCCCUAACGCAACUGCACCUGUGUCUGCAGCCCAGCUUAAGCACGCGAUGACCCUUGGACAAGACUUAGCAGCAUAUGCAACCUAUGAAGUCUACCCCACUUUUGCAGUGACGGCCCGAGGGGAUGGAUAUGGAACCUUCUGAAGAUAUCUUUCUUUUCAUUUAAGAAUAAGACAUACAAAACUCUCUGUAAAAGAAAUAUACCUCUAACUUAGUUCC